UUUGGUUGACUGUGCUUGCUUGUUGCUUUGGUUUGUUAUAUUCUUCGUUCGUUUUUAUCUCUUUCCAUAUGGCUUCGCAGUUUCCGUCUAGGACAUGUUACACAUGCGGAUAUCCUCACCACUUUUUUCGUGAGUGUCCGCAGGGUAAUGGGGGAUCUCGGCCCCCGGCUACAGGAGCCAACGCUGUACCUACUGGGCCUCCCCUUCUUACCCUUCCGGCCCCUCAGAGUUCGGCAACUAACGCGGGUGUGCAUGUUGCUGGUACUGGUAGUCAUCACUAUGGCGGUAUUCCUCGUGCUAACUUCUGGAAGAGUAAUCAAGGAAAACUCGAUAGGGUGUUCGGAAAACUGUUGGCAGAUGAAGAAAAGGAGAAGAGGCAAAAGGAGGAGGAAGAACGAAUGAAACGGGAGAAGGAGGAGGAAGAACGACGUGCACAGUGGAAGAAAGAACGUGAAAAGUUCAAAGAAGACAUGGGUGUGCGAUUGGAGCAACGUAUGGACAAAGUGAUGGGUAGAACCAAGCAAGGGGAUUCCUCGGAGGAUGAGGUUACUCGGCUCAAGAAGGAGAAUGAGGAUUUGCGACGAGCAUUGCUCAGUGGCGGAGAAAGCAGUCACGUAGAGAAACUUAAAAAGGGACUGGCGGAACUUCAAACGUUGGUGGCUACUAAGCACACUAAGGAGGAUGAGAUGGCGGCGAUCCGUCAGGAGAUCGAGCAGCUCCGAUCUUCGGCCAGUGCCAGGGGGGACGUUGAGCGAGAGCUAGCUGACCUCAAGAGUGAGCUAGUUGUAUUGAGAGGGCAGAGUGAGCGAGCACUGAAUGAAUCUCAACGGUGGAAGGAUGAAGCUAUGCGGCCAGGUAAUAAACGCGGCAACAUAGCUUUGAGCACUCCGGAUGCUACUAAUCGAGGAACUCCUAGAGCACGAUGGACCGAUUUGGGGCAGGAUGGUGCCGACAGGUGGAAGGCUGAAUACCGUAAAUUGCAGGAGUUGAGGCGCGCAGACUUUGCUGAGGUAGAGAUGCUGAAAAAGAAACACGCUAUGGCAGCGUCGGAGGUUUUGAAUCUGCAGAAGAAGAUGAGUGAGUUGUCUGCGGAGGAUCGUGAGGCUGAGAAGACAGGAAGAGGCACUAAUCUCAAGGAGAAACUUGAAGCAGUAGCACUUCGUUCGGCGCGCAAAGGCAAGAAAGCUACUCCUAAUCGAGAUGGGACCAAGAAGACCACCGAUCGCUCUUCCUUUGUUGAGAAGCAAAAGAAGCAGCUUGGACAAAUUCGCAAAUCAGGACUGGAGACGCUGUGUAAGGAGGCCGGGCUUGGUACUGGUAAGGUUGAUGCCAUGAUUGAUGCGAUUGCUGAGCAUCGUGCCAUGCAAGCUUUUGGAAGUUUUCCUACAAGAAACAGGGAAACUGUUGUCAUUGACUCUGAAUCUACGCAGGAGGUGGGUAUUUCUGUGGAUGCACAUGAUGCCUCGAUAGAACUCUAGGUCGAUUCCCGGACGCGGCGUAUUUGUGGAG